AUGGAAUCUCCGUUGAAAAACCUUCAAAAACAUGUUGAAUGUUCGCUAUGCUUGGAUAUUCUUACCAAGCCGAAGACCAUAGCGUGUCUUCACACUUUCUGCUGUCUGUGCUUGAAGAAACACGCGCUUUCGAGUCAGAGAGAUGGUCAGUUUCGCUGCCCCGAGUGCCAAACACAAAUCUGCAUCCCCGAAGGAAACAAUUUCGAUCAGCUACCGACCAGCUCUCAUCACACCAGCCUGCUCAACAUUUUCGCUGUUCAACAAAGCUGCAAUGGACGUGAGGUCAGGUGUGGGAUUUGUGAGAAAAAGAGUGCCGAAUGCACUUACUGUUUUGACUGCGAGAAGCUGAUGUGUAAUGUCUGCUUGAACGCUCACGAGCUGUUUAGAGCUGUUGCGUUAGAAGAACACAAAGUUACCCCAGUCCAACAGUUUAAAGCCGCAGAUUACGAAGCCUUGACAAAGCGAAAGGAUUUUUGUGCGGUGAAGUCCCACGAAGGAGAGGUGAUGAGGUUUUAUUGUCGUGACUGUGAAACUUGUAUUUGUCAAGUGUGUGUCAAUACUGACCACAAAAAUCAUGCGACUGAGUCGCUCGAUAAGGCUGCGGAGGUAGAAAAGGCCAAAAUUUUGGCUGGAACCGAAAAGAUGAAACAAAAGAACUUGCUUUGCAAUAACGUGGUACGGAAGUUUGAGGAAUCAGCUGCUAACUUCGAAACUGACAUUGCCGCUGCUAAACACAAGGUGUCUGAGGCAGCUGAACAAAUGAUCGCUGCUGUUCGCGAACGAGAGCGAGAAAUGAUAACCGCCCUCGAGGACACACGCGUGUCGAGGAAGGAGAAAUUAAAUGCUGCAAAAAAAGAGGCUGAGGAGCUGAGGAAACAGCUCAACCAAGCCGCAGAGUACACCAGUGACUUGGCUCAGAGAAGCUCGAGUGCACACUCUAUGCUAAGAUUUCAAGAGCUUAGCCAAGUUCAACUCCCUGAGCUACCAGUUAGUUCGUUUGUUAGGUUCAUACCGGCGAGUGAACCCGAUGAAUUGAGUUUGGGGUUUAUAAAAACUAGCGAAACAGACGAAGAUGAACAACCGUCAGAGAAUGAGUAG